UAGCUUUAGCUUUAGCCAUAGCAGCUACAGAGGACUUCUCAUUUAUUGUAGCUCAGCGCUUAUGUGAUAUUAACGAAACACGAGCUCCAACACCAGAGCGUUCAUCACUUCUUUUGCUUUCGGGAAGUUUCUGUUCGUCGGACCGACGCGAUGUUGAAGUCAAACUGUGUGAAUCUGGACGAGUUCCUGGACGAGUUCGCUCAGCUGGAGCAGACGAUCACGGAGGUCAACGGCAAAAACAACUUGUUGGAGGUCACGUUGGAGGAGGCGACGCGACUCCUUAAAUUCCAUCAGACCAAAGAGAAAAGUCUCACUGACGGUACGUUUGCCAACUCUGUGGAUCGACCUGUUGCAGAGCGAGACGUCCUCCUGGUCACGGUGAACCGGCUGCAGCAGACUCUGCAGGAGCAGUGCAACCUCAGAGUGGAGAAUGAGAGACUGAAGAAGGACACGAUGGACCUGAAGAGACAGAACCAGAGGAGAGCGGAGGACGGAGAGGCCGAGGUUCGUCGGCUGCUCAGGGACAUGGCGACAGAAGAAGACGGACACCAGAGGGAGCUGGAGGCCGUGAGGCAGCGGUGCCGGAGGGAGGUGGAGCUCGCUCACAGGGACAGAUUCAGUCAGUUGGAAGCCAAAGACGCCGAAGUGAAGGAGCUGCUGGAGAAGAAGGAUCUGGAUCUGGAGGAGAUGGAGAAGAGGCUGAGGGAUCAGGAGAGGGAGAGGCAGAGCGAGAUCCUCAAGUUACAAAUGGAGUUUGGUACGAAGUUAGCCAGAGUUCAGAGCUCGGCCCAGUGGAGCCAGCAGCAGCUGCAGCAGCAAGGAUCCAGUCUUGUUCCUCCGAGCGUCUUCAAGAGGAAGCUGCAGCUCUUCCAGGAGGAGAAGAACAAGGAGAUUGCGGCCCUGCGUCAGAGAAUCAAGGAGCUGGAAGAGAACCAGCGCACCAACGACAGCCGCCUGAAGAGGAGGAAGGUCUAGGUUGCCUCGAGGUCAGCGACGCCAACGAGCUCUGCUGACCUCUGCCCGGCGGGGAACAGAAGUAACCAAAGUGUUUUCAACUUUAUAGCUUUGUAGUUUCAGUGUCGACUCAUGUCACAGAUCAUUUAUUUUACCUCCACUGGUUCUGAUGCACAGUCACACCCGGCAGUGUCACCGUCAGGUGACCAGUGUGCAGAGAAAACACUUAGACAGGCCGUAUACCUGUCUAAUGCUUUAAUCCAAUCAGACGC